AUGACAGGUGAUCUUGAGCAUAUCGGGGAACCGAUUGCCAUCGUGGGAAGUGCUUGCCGCUUUCCUGGCGAUGCAACAACACCCUCCAAGCUAUGGGACUUGCUCAAAGAACCUCGAGAUGUUCUUAGCGAGAUUCCAGAAAGCCGCUUCAGCACCAAAGCCUUCUACCAUCCCGAUGGCCUUCACCAUGGCACUACAAACGUUCGACACUCCUAUUUGCUGUCCGACGAUCACCGACUCUUUGACGCCCAAUUCUUCGGAACCAAACCAGUGGAAGCAAACUCGAUUGAUCCCCAACAAAGACUAUUGCUCGAGACGGUCUACGAGGGACUUGAAACCUCUGGAAUUCCCAUGGAAAAGCUCCAAGGGUCUAACACCGCUGUAUACGUUGGUUUGAUGACCAACGACUAUGCCGAUAUGCUAGGACGGGAUGUCCAGAACUUCCCGACAUAUUUUGCAUCAGGAACUGCUCGAAGCAUUCUAUCCAAUCGAGUUUCCUACUUUUUCGACUGGCGCGGACCUUCCAUGACCAUCGACACGGCCUGUUCUUCUAGCCUAAUUGCCCUACACCAGGCUGUACAGAGCCUGCGAAGUGGCGAGACUGAUGUUGCCGUCGCAGCAGGCACCAACCUUCUGCUAGGACCGGAGCAAUACAUCGCAGAGAGCAAGCUAAAGAUGCUCUCCCCAACCGGCCGCUCGCGCAUGUGGGAUAAAGGCGCAGAUGGAUACGCACGUGGUGACGGAAUUGCUGCCGUGAUACUUAAACCCUUAAGUGCAGCAUUGGCGGAUGGGGACCACAUCGAGUGCAUCGUUCGGGAGACAGGUGCCAAUCAAGACGGUCGCACCAAAGGAAUUACGAUGCCAAACCCCAUGGCCCAAGCAGAGCUUAUUCGGACGACGUAUGCUCGAGCUGGACUCGAUCUGUCGAAACCCACCGACCGACCACAAUAUUUCGAGGCUCAUGGUACCGGAACUCCAGCAGGUGAUCCAGUUGAGGCGGAGGCCAUUAGCACUGCAUUCUUUGGACAAGCAGCCAAAUACCAGCGCGAUCGUAACCAGGAGGACCCCUUGUAUGUUGGGUCCAUCAAAACAAUCAUUGGCCAUACCGAGGGCACGGCUGGAUUGGCAGCUGUCCUCAAAGCAUCGCUUGCUUUACAACAUGCUGUCAUCCCACCCAAUCUACUACUCAACGAGUUGAGUUCCACGGUUCGUCCGUUCUAUAACGACCUUCAGAUCCUUCAAGUCGCGAAAGAGUGGCCUCAACUGCCAGAAAACACCCCUCGCCGUGCCAGUGUCAACAGCUUUGGCUUCGGUGGUGCAAAUGCGCAUGCAAUUCUGGAAGGAUUUGAUGCGCGCCUGCUUGGUGGUGGUCGGAACGCCGCACAUACCAGCUCGGCGGCUGCAUUACCAUUCAAUUUCUCCGCCGCAUCUGAAAAAUCGCUUCUCGCCAACAUUGCAGCAUACUCGGCAUAUUUGCGAAAUCACUCGAAUGUGAAUAUCCGUGACUUGUCGUGGACAUUGAAUACUCGGCGUUCCACUUUGCCGAUUCGGUUGUCGGUAUCCGCAUCGAGCACAGAAGAGCUUGCUGCAAGGCUGGAUGAAGCGGUAGCCUCCUCGACAAUAACACCAAGCACGCAGACAAGCAGUAUCCGUGAACCAAAACUCCUUGGAGUGUUCACAGGCCAAGGUGCACAGUGGGCAAGGAUGGGUGCUGAGUUGGUCGAAAGCUCACCAAUGGUCAGUGACUGCAUCGCCCAUCUCGAUCGGUCUUUGCAGGAACUCCCUACUGAGCAUCGCCCUAGUUGGUCGCUGAGGGACGAGCUUAUUAAAGACAAGUCUUCAUCUCGUAUUGGAGAGGCGGCGUUUUCGCAGCCUCUUUGUACAGCGGUUCAGAUUGCGUUGGCUCAACUUCUCCGGACCGCCAAUCUGAAACUCACUGCUGUUGUUGGCCAUUCGUCUGGUGAGAUUGCCGCAGCUUAUGCCGCAGGUUAUCUAAACGAAGAGGAUGCAAUCCGUAUAGCUUAUUACCGGGGAUGGUCUCUUCAAUACGCAAACGACCAGGAAGGUCAGAAAGGGGCAAUGAUGGCCGCAGGAACAUCAUACGAAGAUGCAAACGAGCUGUGCGGGAUGCCAUCACUCGAGAGCAGAAUUUGUGUGGCAGCUAGCAACUCCUCUGCCAGCGUCACACUUUCCGGGGACGCCGAUGCGAUCGAAGAGGCUAGGGAGAUCCUUGAAGAUGAGAAGAAAUUUGCUCGUAUGUUGAAAGUGGAUAAAGCUUAUCACUCACACCAUAUGCUUUCCUGCUCAGCUCCUUAUAUCGCAGCGAUCCGCAAGUGUGGUAUAAGCAUUCAACGCCCACCGAGUGGCAGUCCGACCUGGAUCUCUAGUGUGUAUGGCGACAAUAUCAAAAACGUGAAUGAUAAUCUUGCCGACACAUACUGGAGCAACAACAUGGUGAAUCCGGUACUAUUCUCUCAAGCUGUUACUUAUGCCGUUGCUGCAGCUGGGCCAUUUGAUAUGGCCUUGGAGAUUGGCCCUCAUCCAGCGUUGAAAGGACCUGCACUACAAACGAUUCAAGAAGUGUCUGGCCAGACACUGCCUUACACCGGGACCUUGAACCGUGGCAAAAAUGACACCGAGGCUCUGUCAUCCGCACUUGGAGCCCUGUGGAUUGCCUUGGGUGACAGUGUCGUGGACUUCGCAGGGUUUGAAAUGAAGGCAAUGCAAAAGCAACACGCUCAAACCCCAGAGCUUCUCAAGGGCCUUCCAUCAUAUUCAUGGGAUCAUGAUCGGGUUUACUGGCACGAGUCUAGAUCAUCUAACGCAAUACGCACUGAGAAGGAAUCAUUCCACUCACUACUGGGUGUCAAAUGCCCCGACGGGACAGACAGUGAGCUGCGCUGGCGCAACUAUCUUCACCCUAGGGAGGUUUCUUGGCUGGCACAUCACCAGGUCCAAGGUCAAAUGGUAUUCCCUGCAGCUGGGUAUAUAUCUGCGGCGGUUGAGGCUAUAAUUCAAAGGUAUGGUCUGGAUUCUGUGCAACUGAUUGACUUCCAUGAUGUGGUCAUCGGACAAGCAUUAGUGCUUGAAGAGAAUGGGGGAGUGGAAACAAUUUUCAGACUUUCGAUCGAUCAAGUUCAGGAUAAUAUUGUGUCUGCAUCCUUUGCCUGCCAUUCCGACGCCAACAAGGGGUCGUCCAACAUGUCUCUUCACGCAUCUGCCAUCCUGAAAAUUAUUUUGGGCGACCCCAAACACGAUAUCCUCCCACCACAUGCCAAGCCGCAAGGUUCAUUCCUGGAACUAGAAGGCGACAGAUUCUACAACUCAGUUUCCGAACUUGGGUUUGGCUACACUGGACCCUUCCAGGCCCUUUCGAGCUUGCGCAGGAAAAUGGACGAGGCAUCGGGUUUGAUCGCUGUCCCAGUGGACCCCGAAACGGAAAAGCCAUUGAUCAUUCACCCUGCCUCUCUUGAUGGAGCUAUCCAGUCCAUCAUGCUGGCUUAUUCCUUCCCAGGGGAUGGUCGUCUACGUACCCUUUACCUUCCAACUCGAAUUGAUAGGCUUCGUCUCAACCCCAGCGCCUGUGUCGCUCUUGGUGCCCCCGGUGCAGAACUGCCAUUCUAUUCUGCAGUCACGGAUGCCCGCUUCGCCGAACUCUCUGGCGAUGUUGACAUGUUUUCCGCAGAUGGUAGACAUACUUUGGUGCAACUUGAAGGACUUCAUACUACACCCUUGAGUCCAUUAACAUCCACCAACGAUGUUCCGUUUUUCACGGAAGUGAUCUGGGAUGUCGAUAGACCCACUGUACAACAAAAAAACGAAGCUGGAGACAUGCUUUCCCAAGACCGUGCUCUGGGGAUUGAUCUCGAACGUGUCGCCCACUUUUACUUGAAGAACCUCAGAAAUUCGCUUCAGCACUCCGAUCGUGCGAAUGCUACUUGGAACCAUAAACACUUCCUUUCCUAUGUGGAUCAUUGUACAACAUCCGUUGCCAAUGGCCAACAUAAAUUCGCAAAGCCGGAAUGGGCCAAUGAUACCAUGGACAACAUUACUCCAAUUCUGAACCGUCACCCCAACAGCCUCGAUAUCACAGCCCUGUGUGCAGUGGGUGAAAAUCUUUCCGCUGUCAUUUGGGGAGAUAUGAAUUUGCUUGAAGUCCUGACGCGGGACAACAUGCUAGCGAAAUUCUAUGCCAAAACGCUUGGAAUAGAUGCAUACUUGGAUAGUAUCGCUCAGAUAGCUCGUCAGAUUGGACACAGAUACCCGCAUAUUAACGUUUUGGAGAUUGGGGCUGGCUCUGGCGCUACUUCGGAAAGAGUCAUGCAUGCGAUGGGCUCAUCGUUUGCGUCAUACACAUACACAGAUAUUUUGGACUCACAGUUCGACGACGCACGUGAAAGAUUCACCGAGUAUCGAUCUAGAAUGGCAUUCAAGGUGUUGGACAUCGAGAAGGACAUCGACGAACAAGGCCAUGAACAGGGUUGCUUUGACCUUGUCAUUGCUUCUUUGGCCUUGUACGCCACCAGAAACCUCGAGGCGACCCUCACGAAUGUUCGUCGGCUACUCAAGCCUGGUGGUUAUCUGGUUAUGCUCGAACUCACGGACUCUGAUGUCAUGCGCUUCGGGCUCAUUCUGGGUGGCCUACCAGCUUGGUGGUUAGGCUACGAGGAGGGACGGACAUUAUCCCCUUGUGUAUCGGAGGCCAAAUGGGAAGGACUGAUGCAGAAGACUGGAUUUUCUGGUUUCGAAGCCUUGGUGUCGUCUUCUAGAACCUCGCCUUUGCCAUUCUCCGUCAUGGUCACUCAGGCUGUCGAUCACCGUGUCAAUUUCCUCCGUAACCCCCUGGCAACUAAUCAUUUGACGCUGGGUGUGGACUCGUUGACAAUCAUCGGAGGCAAAACCCCCUUGACUGCUGAUAUGGUCGCCAAUAUCGCAACCACGGUCCGUCCCCAUUACAAAAGUAUCUACACGGCCAGUUCUUUAGGCGACCUUGUCUCAGCAAACCUGCCGGUAAUGGGAUCAGUGAUUAGUUUGAUUGAAUUGGAUGCGCCAGUCCUGAAAAACAUGUCUUCUAGGGAUCUAAAGUCAUUCCAAGAGCUGUUCAAACAAAGCAAAAAUGUUCUAUGGCUAGGAUACGGUGCCCAAGGUGACAACCCCUAUGGCAACAUGUUUGCAGGAGUUCAACGCACAUUGGCUAUGGAGAUGACUCACCUCCACAUCCAUUUCUUCAACCUUCAUUCGCUGCAUGAUGCUGAUCCCCAUAUUAUCGCAACUAAGCUCCUUCAUUUGGAAGCUGCCGAAAUCUGGGAUCAGAGUGGGGAGCUCGAUGGGAUCUUGUGGUCCAACGAGAGGGAGCUGAUGCUGGAGAAUGGACAAUUCAAAGUUCCUCGUUUCCGUCUCAACUCCGGCCGAAAUGAUCGCUACAAUUCCUCAAGGCGUCUCAUCAUUAAAGAAGUUGAACGUGCGACAUCUGUGGUCACCAUUCUACCAACAGACCUCGGAUAUCAAAUCGAAGAAAAAGACACGCGAGCCUCAUCCUCUUUCUUGGAAGACGUGAAGAUUGAUGUGACUCACUCUUUGCUUCGUGCUGUACGGACCACUCCAUCAGAUUAUUACUUCUUGGUGAUUGGAAAGAAUGCCUCGAAUGGUGACCAUGUGAUCGCCCUGUCACAUACUCUGGACUCUCAAGUCCGUGUCCCGCAUGGCCUGUCGGUGCGAUGUGGAGAUUCCGAAGACCUAGGAAUUCGAUCAAUGCUCACACUCUAUUUCCAUGUCCUUGCUCUCUCAAUGUUGCAACAGCUUCAGCCGGGGAAUACACUUGCUGUGUUAGACCCCGACUUCUCUCUGUCACCCGUCCUGACGAAAUACGCCAACGAAAAAGGUGUUCAGCUUGUCCUUUUGACCACAAAUGAGGGACAUUGCUCGUGGCCAUGGAUUCCAGUGCACCCAAAUUCUACUCGGCGGGAACUAUCAAGCAAGUUACCCAGGAAUAUUUCACGCCUUGUCAGUAUGGGUGGCACCUCUGAUGUGACCGCACUCCUGAAGACAUGUUUGCCGACUGGCUGCCAAUUUGAAAGCGAGACUACCCUGACUGCAGACUGCUCCCAAUCCCAGUUCACCUCAGACAGAGGCCAAUCAGCCAUGCAGCUCCAAAAUUGCUGGAACAGAGCGCAGUAUGACCUCAUGCCAGUCAAUAUGCACAAGUUUGCUCCUUUAGGACUCCAGGACCUAAUACGUGCACAGUCUCCACUGGCAGAGCAGUCUUUAAUUGCAUGGGGUGAAUCACAACUUGCUGUCCAGGUUCGCCCUGCUACCAAACAGGUCAAAUUUUCGAAAGACAAAACCUACUGGCUAGUAGGACUGACAGGCGGGCUGGGUUUGUCGCUUUGCCAGUGGAUGAUUGGGCAGGGCGCACGAUACAUCGCGAUAUCAAGUCGAAAUCCAAAAAUUGGUGACCAAUGGCUGCAGCGAAUGGCUGCCAAUGGGUGCACUGUCCGAGUCUUCUCUAAUGACAUAAUGAAUCGGGAAUCCGUUCAGGCAACGUAUCGCAAUAUCAGCGCAACUAUGCCUCCCAUCGCCGGUGUCGCACAGGGUGCCAUGGUGCUUCAGGACACAAUGUUCAUCGAUUUAGAUCUCCCCCGCCUCGAGAAGGUGCUAGGUCCUAAAGUCGAAGGUAGUAUAUUGCUGGACGAAUUGUUCCCAGAGGACACGUUGGACUUUAUGGUCUUCUUUUCGUCGAUGGCUGCUAUGACAGGAAACCCUGGACAGGUUGCGUAUAAUGCCGCGAAUAUGUUCAUGGCAAGUCUGGCAGCCCAGCGCCGAAACCGUGGCUUGGCAGGGCAUGCCAUCAACAUUGGAGCAAUCGUCGGUAACGGCUAUGUGACUCGAGAGCUUAACAUGGGCCAACAGUCAUAUCUUUACCGAGUCGGCCAUGCAUGGAUGUCUGAGCAAGACUUCCAUGAGGUAUUUGCCGAAGGCGUCCUCACCUGCUUGGAGCGUAAAGGAACCGCUGAGUUGUGCUGUGGACUCAGAAUCGAUGAUGAUGAGUCCAAGAGUUGGGCUUCUAACCCAAUGUUCCAACAUCUUGUCUACAAGUCUAGCAAUCUUGUGGUGGCAGAUAAGAAAGGGAAAUCUGGCGUGUUAAUAAAAACUCGGUUGUUUGAGGCAACAUCAAAUGAUGAAGUUAUCGAGAUCUUGCAAGAUGGCUUUUUGUUGAAGCUCCAGUCAGCCCUUCAGGCUGACCCAAGCAAGCCUAUGUUGGAUAUGAGUCCAGACGAGCUUGGUGUGGACUCGUUGGUUGCCGUUGACCUUCGAUCGUGGUUCCUCAAGGAGUUGGGUGUCGACAUGCCGGUGUUGAAAAUCUUCAACGCGGCGUCCAUUCGCGAGCUUCUGGCCACUGCCGCAGAAACUCUGCCAGAAGCAUUGAUUCCUAAUUUGAUUUCAGGCGAACAGUCUGCCAAACCUCCGGGGAACCAACCCAAUCCUUCACUGGCUGCCACAGCUCCACCCACAGAUUUGCCCGUGGAUAUAAUCAUUCCAGAUACUAGAGCCAGUUCCGUGGAAUUGAAAUUUGCGCUCCCAGACGCAACGAACGGGUAUAGUGGCAGCUCAGCGACGUCUUUAAUCACUGGAGACUCGAAUUCUGACCACAAUGACGAUACUUCCUCAUCCGUUUUUACUGACGACGGCGAGAUGGGCACACCAAAACGUGAAAUUCAAAGGACCGUGCCAAUGUCUUACGGGCAGUCGCGCUUCUGGUUUCUAGAGCAUCUGGUCGAGGACAAGACUGUAUUCAAUAUUACACCGACGUUCGAGUUGUCUGGUCGCCUAAAGAUUGAGGAUUUUGCGAAUGCUAUUCGAACCGCCGGGCAACAUCACGAAGCUUUGCGUACUUUCUUCUUCACCGACAAUGAACAAAAUCACAUGCAAGGAAUUUGGACGAAAUCUUCUUUGCAGUUGGAGAGAGCUGAAAUCUCGACCGAGACAGAAGUGGAAGAGGCCUCGAAGCAGAUGAAGGCACACGUGUUCAAUCUUUCCGAUGGCGAGAUCAUGCGCAUUCAAUUGCUAUCGCUCAACCAAGAAAAGCACUGGCUAAUCUUUGGCUUCCAUCAUAUUAACAUGGAUGGCAUUAGCUUCGAAGUAUUUUGGUCAGACGUGGAAAAGGUGUAUCAAGGUCAAACCAUUUCCCAAGAUGGGCUUCAAUACGCAGACUUUACUAUGCGCCAGCUUCGUGAAUACGAAGAGGGAGCCUGGGCUGGGGAUCUCGCGUACUGGCGGGCACAGUAUACAGAGGUUCCACCCACACUUCCCCUUCUUCCAUUUUCCCUUCAGCCUAUGCGGCCCAAGGUUGCUCAAUUUGGGUCUCAUACUGCCCAGAUUCGCCUCGAUUCCAGUCUGUCGGAUGCAAUUGAACGGUGUUGCCGGAUGUUCAAAUCCACACCAUUCCACUUCCAUUUGGCGAUCUGGAAGACCCUUCUUCUGCGGUUCUUUGAUCUGAAGGAUAUUUCCAUCGGCCUCGGAGAUGGAAACCGUACAGAUGCCGACGUCUUGCGCAGCAUGGGACUUUUCUUAAACCUUCUUCCUGUGAGGUUCUCUGAACAGCCAGGUCAAUCCUUCGGAGAAUCGCUCAAGGAGGUCCGGAACAUCACGCAGGGUGCAUUUUCCCACUCGCGUGUGCCAUUUGAUGUGAUCUUGACAGAACUCAAUGUUCCACGAUCCGCAUCACACAAUCCCCUAUGCCAAACACUCUUUAACUACAGACCCAAUGUCGAGCAAUCGCGAAGCUUCUGUGGCUGUGUAGCUGAUGGAGAACUUUUGGGCGGCGGCGAAACUUCUUUUGAUCUGGGUCUGGAUGUUGGCAAUGUCGGUGCUGGCGAGACGCUGAUUUACCUAACAGUUCAGAAGAGCCUGUAUGGGGUGGAACAUGCUGAAAUCCUGCUUAGCUCCUAUGUCAAUCUUCUCCAGUCCUUUGUCCAAAAUCCAGCGACUCGGGUGACCUGGCCAGGAUUACAUUAUAACGGUGACAUCCAGAAGGCAGUGGCUGUGGGCCGAGGACCGGAGCUCCGAGAGGAAUGGUCUAUGACUAUCGUCCACCGCUUGGAUGAGAUUGCCUCCCGCUAUCCGGACCGUGUCGCAUUGAAGAAUCACGAUGGGAGCUCCCUGACAUAUGCUGAAGUCCAGCGUCGGGUUGAUGUUAUCGCCAAUGAGCUAUUGCGCAACGGGGCUGGCGCAGACACCCGUGUUGCCGUUUUCCAGUCCCCAAGUUCAGACUGGAUAUGUUCUCUCAUGGCUAUAUUGCGUGUCGGUGGUGCUUACAUUCCAUUGGACAAAAAGGUGGGGAUGGAGAGACUUGCGAUGAUCAUGAAAGAAACUCAAGCACCGGUUGUGUUGGUCGAUACAAACUCCAUGUCUGACUAUGCACUUUUGCACACCUCGGCGAAACCAAUCGAUGCAGGCAGCUUGAAGGGCUCUACAACACGCGACGUCCGAAACAUGGCUGUUCCAAACCAGACAGCAGUGAUCAUGUAUACCAGUGGAUCAACUGGUGUCCCAAAGGGGAUUAUGAUUAGCCAUUCAGCUUAUGCUCACCAUGUUCAGUCAGCCAGCGUCGUCUGGAAACUCAAGCAGGGAACCGAGACCAUUCUGCAUCAAUCUUCCUAUGCGUGGGAUGCGUCUUUGUGGCAGAUCAUGGUCUCCUUAUGCUCUGGCGCGACACUUGUGAUUGCGUCUGAUCUCACACGAGGCGAUCCCGUUGCUCUUACGCGACUAAUUGCAUCGGAGAAUGUGACGUGCACCCUUGCGACACCCACGGAAUACCUCGGCUGGGUGCGUCAUGGUCGCUCCAAUCUGAGUAACUCUCGCUUGUCAACCACGGUAUGUGGUGGUGAAUUCAUGACAAGCGGCCUGAUCAAAGAGAUUAAGAGUCUCAAUCGGCCAGGCCUCAAACUAAUAAAUGCUUACGGGCCGGCGGAGAUCAGUGUUGCAUGUUCGGGCACUGAAGUUCCGUGCAACCUGCAGGAAUCGACUUCGCAAGCUCUUUAUACUCUACCGAACUACUCUGUUUACAUUGUCGACGAGAGCUUGAAUCCAGUUCCUAUCGGGGUUCCUGGUGAAGUUGUUGUUGGUGGGGCAGGAGUUGCCCAGGGCUAUCUUGACGGGACCAAAACGACUGAACGCUUUUCAAAAGAUCGGUAUGCGAGCCGACUUUUCCAGGAGAAAGGCUGGACGACAAUCCACCACACUGGAGAUCGUGGAAAACUUACUCGUGAUGGUGGUCUUAUUCUCCUCGGGCGCAUGGACGGGGACAACCAAAUCAAAUUGAGGGGAAUUCGCAUCAAUAUUGAAGAAAUUGAGAAGGCGAUUAUCAAUUCUUCAUCUGGAGCUAUCACACAGGCUGUUGUGUCCGUUCGUUCAGGUGCAACUCAAUCCGAGGACCAAUUCCUUGUUGCCUUUGCUAUAAUGGCUACCACAUAUGAUUCUAGAAAUGCGCUCCAAUUCCUCACGCACCUUUCCCAGGAGCUGCCCUUGCCCCGUCAUAUGCGACCCGCUGCUAUCAUUCCAGUUGAGAGCAUUCCCCAAAACAAUUCGGGCAAGACUGAUCGCGUCGCAGUCAGCGCACUUCCCAUUCCGUUGAUUUCAUCCCAGCUGCCCAACGACAAUACUCUCACCGAAUUUGAACAGUCACUGCGUCAGCUCUGGCAACAAGCACUACCACGGGAACUUACUACCUUCCACUCAAUCGAAUCUCAGUCCGACUUUUUCCAUGUUGGUGGAAGUUCCCUCGCCCUUGUCAACCUACAAGCUCUAAUCAAGGAGCGCCUUGGUGUAUCUAUGGAACUUUAUCAACUUUUCGAAGCCAGCAGUCUGCGUGGAAUGGCCGCGAGAAUCCAAGACCUAUCUCGCCCCACACUCGAGGAAGAGGUGAACUGGGAUACAGAGGUUGAAGUUGCAUCCGACCUGAGUUCAUCUCUAAAUUACGGCGGUACUCUCAUUAUCCCCUCAGGGGUCAAGACUGUGGUGCUUACGGGAGCAACUGGUUUCCUCGGCAAGGAAAUAUUGCGAGGACUCAUCGCAGAUGAGAACGUCUCGUUCAUCCAUUGUCUUGCUGUUAGGAAACGAUCGUCAGAUUUACCUGAAAUAUUUACCCACCCGAAAGUUCAUUUGCAUUCUGGUGACCUGGGGGCUCCUCAAUUAGGACUCUCGGAAUCUGAGACCAGAUCGAUAUUCUCCUGUGCAGACAUUAUCAUCCACAAUGGCGCGGAUGUGUCUUUCAUGAAAACAUAUCAGACUCUCAAGCUGAUGAAUGUGGCCUCGACCAAGGAACUCGCCAAACUGGCCUUGCUCCGGCGCAUUCCAUUCCAUUUCGUCUCAUCAGCUGGUGUUGCCCGACUCGCUGCCAAGGAAAGCUUCGGAGAGAUGUCUGUGUCCCCAUAUCCUCCUCCGUCUCGGCCAACAGAUGGGUAUAUCGCCGCCAAGUGGGUGAGCGAAGUCUAUCUGGAGCAUGUCAGCCGCCAGUUUGGUCUCCCUGUAUGGAUCCACCGCCCAUCAAGCAUCACCGGGACCGAUGCGCCGGAACUUGAUCUUAUGGGCAAUGUCAUGCGGUUUGCCAAAGAAACCCAGAAACUGCCAGACUCAAGGUCAUGGUCAGGGGUCUUCGAUCUCAUUUCUGUACAGUCAGCUGCCAGCCAACUCCUGAAAGCCGUUCACCAAUCUGGUGUAACUGAACUAGCUACAGGGUCUGUGACUUAUCUUUUUGAAUCUGGCGAGAUGAAGAUUGGGCGUGAUGAGAUCAUGCCAUUGAUGGAAUCGGGCUCCGGCCAGCAGUUCCAGGUCGUUUCUCUCGACGAGUGGGUGAAUGCUGCGGAACAAGCAGGCAUGAGCAUGUUGUUGGGAGAGUACUUGCGCAGGGCUUCUGAUGGGCAAGUCCUCCUCCCUAGGUUGAUUAAGUCUUCUGAGUAUGAAUGA